UCGAGCCGCACGCGCCUCGAGUUCUGCACCGUGGGCGUGCUCCUGCGGCGGCUCCAGCGCGGCGGGCCGCUCGACGCGACGCACGUCGUCGUCGACGAGGCCCACGAGCGCGACGUGCUCACGGAUUUUCUGUUGGUCGUGCUGAAGACGCGGGUCCUGCCCGCGUGCCCGGGCCUCAAGGUCGUCGUCAUGUCCGCGACGUUGAACGCGGCGCUCUUCGCGGACUACUUCGGCGGCGCGGCGGUGUUGGAUAUUCCCGGCCGGCUCCACGACGUCGCCGUCAGGUACGUCGACGCCGCCGCGGCGCUCGUGAAGAAAUAUCCGGCCAAGGCGUCGCGCCGCGCGCUCGAGGCCGCGAACCGCCACGCGAGACCGCCGGCGUCGAUCCCCGAGGCGGGCGACGACGGCCUCGCGCCGGCCGUCGACGGGCCCGUCGACGUCGACUUCGUCUGCGCCGUCGUCGCCGCGGCGGCGGCGGCGGCGACGAACGACGACGGCGCGAUCCUCGUCUUCGCGCCGGGCGCCGCGGAGAUCGACAACCUCGUCCGCGAGCUCCGGAGGUCGCUCGGCGACGGCGCCUGGGUCCUGCCCAUGCACGGCGGCCUCACGAGCCGCGACCAGCACAGGGUCUUCCAGCGGCCGCCGCCGGGCGCGCGCAAGGUCGUCGUCGCGACGAACGUCGCCGAGACGUCGAUCACCAUCGACGACGUCGACUGCGUCGUCGACCUGGGGCGCGUCAAGGAGCUGCGCUACGUGAGCGCCGCCGACGUCAGCGCCCUCGCCGAGGUCUACACGAGCCGCGCGGCGGCGACGCAGCGCGCGGGCCGCGCGGGCCGCGUCCGCGCCGGCGCCUGCUACCGGCUCUACCCGCGGAAGCUCCACGACGAGGGGCUGCCCGCGCACACGGCGCCCGAGAUGCUGCGCACGCCGCUGGCGGACGUCGUGCUCAAGGUGCUGCGGCUCGGCUUCGGCGGGCCCAAGGCGUUCCUGGCCAGGGCGCUCCAGCCGCCGCGGCCCGAGUCGGUCGACGCCGCGCUGCGCGAUCUGGUUGCCGUCGGCGCCGCCUGGGUCCUGACGCCUCUCGGGCGCCACGUCGCGGACCUGCCCAUGGACUGCCGCGUGGCGAAGCUGUUGAUCUACGGCGCGAUCUUCGGCGCCGCGGAGCCGUGCCUCACGCUCGCC